AUGAAUCGUCAGCUCCAACAGAGCAUGUCGAGGCCCUCCCUCCGCAUUCGCAGCCUCGAAUCCGAAGUCUCUCAUCUCCUCUCAGAAAAUGUCUCGCUUCGGGAGCAAGUAAUAAGUCUUAGUCAGGAGGUAGAGAGAUAUGAGGCUGUCCGGCUACUCCAACAUGGUGUUUACGACAUCAAGACCAGACUAGACAGCAAGUUGGCGGAGCUGAACAACCUGGUGGCUGACCUAGGCGCACUUCCGCGCACAUUCUACAGCAAAUGUGCAGAGAAUUCUCAAGAUCCAAAUCAACUCCGGGCACUGUCGGAUUGGAAAGCGAAGACAACCAAUGAUGAGCUCAAUCACGGGAAAGACGAAGAGGGAAGGCUUCCUGUCAUCCUGGAAGACAAAUAUUACCCCAGAAAAACAUUAGAGCCACAAGAGCUACAAGAUUUCCGAUAUAAUACCGCCGAUAAUCUGCGAUCUCCCACCCCGGAAGAGCCUGUAGCCACGCGACCAGACACAGCGGACGACAGCUCCUUUACGAAUGAUUCUUCCGAUAUCAUAAAUGCGCAGCAGGCACCGACUUACAAUGAGCACAUGUCGGACGAAGACGAGGCAGUUUUGCCCCCUACACUUGAGACCAGGAAAAGAAAAAGGCCCAUUCCAGCAUCAAAGCAAAUGGAAAGCUCUCGCAUGGAUCACGGGGCACCAUCGACACGGAACAACCCUGGGACUAACUUCAGCCCGGAAACCAAGCGCAAAUUUUCGGUGCAUCACGGAAAGAUAAUGGAAUCGUUAUCGAAUCACCCCGACGUUCCACGGACAAGCAUGCAGUCACCAUCACCGGUGAGAAAGAACGAGCAGUCGCUGUCGUCAGAGGCUGAUGAUAGUCCAUCGGGAGGGAAGGCCUCGCUUUUGACAGAACAGGCAAUGAGUCACAGGUCGGCAAAACGGAAAGCAUUGGAGCAUAGAAGCACAAAUAUGAACAUGACCAGCCCAACGAAAGCACGUACUACAAUGGUGCAAGAGAAGCCCCAGAAAGACACAAUGCCCUCCAUCGACGAAAAGGAUGUUCAAGUGGAGUUGUCCCCAGCGCUACUCGAAAAAGGCACAGAUCUCGAGCAGUCGAGGCAAGAGACGCCUCUACAGUAUCGGAUCCAUCAAUCCACAGAUGAACAGAAGCAUGACGAAAACACCAUGGUUAAAACCCAGUCAAAUACGCGGCGCUCCACGCUACCAGAAAUUGAGAGCGCACCGAGGAAUUUGCCUGACGUGUCUGGCCCAACGAGGCCUGCCAGGCGCCAGAGAGCCAUUCUCCCUCAAUGUACGGCUGGCUCGAACGAGGAUGAGGACCUGCGUAAGAAUGGGCGAUCGAAUGGGCGGAGACCGCGAAACUCGGACCCCUCUGGCAAAGAACCCAAAUUACCGACGACAGAGGCAGCAGCAGCAGCAGCAGAUUUAUCUACCCAGCAAAUGAACUUAGUGUCUCAGCGGAAACGGAAGGCUUCUCCGGCAAACAAGUGCAAUAUGGCACCUGAAGGCAUUGCCGAGGGGUCUACAGAGGCAUGCCCUCAUGAAUGUGUGGCUGGGAGAAGUAAAAUUGACGAAAUGAUGGCUGCAGAUGACAAUUAUCAGAUGCAGCCGUCGCAGAUGACUGGUAAUGAUGUUACGAGGAGCGUUCCCCCUAUUGGGUGCAAGGCCAGACCUGCUACAGCUCGGAAGUCUAGACGGCAUUCUUCACAGCCCGAAUCAUCCAGAAAAGGUGAAUUCCAACCAGCAAGCAACGAUUAUAUGAGCAUAGAAAGCCAAGAUAACUCUCCAUCAGAGGCUCGUGCAGGGAAUUCCUACUCCACAAGAUCCCUUGAAGACUUCGCCAAGCUGAGCUCUCCUACACAGCAAUCAAAAGCGAGUACUAGAGCAGACUUGUCUACUUCGAGGGUGGCUGAUUCGGGACGAACUAAGCGCGGGCAACGUGCCGCAGCCGCUAUAGCUAGAAGAAAAAGCAUGAUGUUGUGA